AUCGGUCGCAGCGUCGCGUUAAAAAAUCAGGGGCCAAAAGCGAAACCCAAAGCUUUAACCGUUCCGCCGCCAGAGCUCUGGGAUCAGAAGCACUUUGGAGUGCGUUCCGCGCGGUAACUUGAUCGGCGUUAUUUUUUUUAGCUUUUUAUUCAAACGAGUCCAGAGUAAAGCGGUACGUCGGUUAAUUUGAUACUCUGAAAAAGAAAAAGGGAAAAUCAUGGCCAAACUCUGGAGAGCACUUACGCGCCGCAAGACGGAGGACGUGAACGAAGGGGAGUCCCAGCUGGCCCGAGUGCUCAAUCUUUUUGAUCUGACAGCCUUGGGUGUGGGCAGUACCUUAGGACUGGGUGUCUAUGUCCUAGCCGGCCAAGUAGCGUAUAACAUCGCUGGUCCUGCUGUGACCAUAUCCUUUCUGAUCGCAGCCAUCGCGUCGGCUUUUGCGGGUAUCUGCUACGCUGAGUUUGCAGCACGCGUUCCCAAGGCAGGGAGUGCCUAUGUUUACAGUUAUGUUACCAUUGGCGAAUUCGUAGCUUUCACCAUUGGAUGGAACCUUAUACUUGAAUACGUUAUUGGCACUGCUUCAGUGGCUCGCGGUCUUAGUGGUUAUUUUGACUCGUUAAUUAAUAAUGAUAUGUCAAAAGCGUUAAACGAGUCGAUGCACAUAAACGUAGAUUUUCUGGGAGACUAUCCGGACUUCCUGUCGUUUGGGAUGGUAUUGCUGCUUGCCGCUAUUUUGGCAUUUGGCGCCAAGGAGUCUAGUUUUUUGAACAAUAUUUUUACCACCGUCAACUUAGUGACGAUCUGCAUUGUGCUGGUGGCCGGGGCAAUGAAUGCUAAAGUAGACAACUGGCGCAUUCCGGAAAAGGAUGUGCCCGAGGGUUUCGGUACCGGUGGCUUUAUGCCGUUCGGUAUCGCUGGAGUUAUGGCAGGCGCAGCCAAAUGCUUUUAUGGUUUUGUUGGCUUUGACUGUAUUGCCACUACCGGCGAAGAAGCUAUCAACCCCAAGCGUAACAUUCCGUUGUCCAUUGUAGUUUCACUGAUUAUUAUAUUCCUGUCCUACUUCGGUGUUUCAACGGUUCUAACUAUGAUGUUGCCGUAUUACCUGCAGGAUAAAGAUGCACCUUUCCCUCACGCCUUUGAUUCCGUUGAGUGGUAUACGAUCAAAUGGAUUGUGACUAUCGGUGCUGUCUUUGCUCUUUGCACUAGUUUACUGGGAGCUAUGUUUCCCCUGCCGCGCAUCCUAUACGCAAUGGGAAAUGACGGCAUCCUUUUCAAGAAGCUGUCGACCGUGAACAGCUAUACGAAGACGCCUCUUUUGGCCACCGUCGUGUCCGGCAUAUUUGCAUCUAUUAUGGCCUUGCUGUUCAACCUAGACCAACUGGUCGACAUGAUGUCCAUUGGCACAUUGCUUGCUUAUACCAUAGUAGCGAUUUGUGUUCUCGUGCUGCGUUAUCAGGACGAGGAGAUGACUAAAGUAGUGUCCGUAAAAGCUCCAAACGUGUUUCGACAAUUCUUUAAUGGAAACUCUUACCGUGAGCCCAAUUCGAUGACCUCAGCUAUCACAAAGAUUGGCAUCGUGGUUUUUGCCGUCUUUUGCCUAGUAUGGUGCUCAUUUCAAAAGGUAUUUGAGCUGGGCUCUACCGGAGGAAUCGUAUCUUUGAGUUUAGUAGGAGUGGUGUUAAUUCUAAUAUGCAUCGUGAUUGGAAUGCAGCCGGUUUCGACCAUCGAGCUUACUUUCAAAGUACCCCUGGUGCCUUUCGUACCCUGCUUGAGCGUGUUUGCGAACUUGUACCUAAUGUUCCAGCUGGACUUGAACACAUGGAUUCGCUUUCUUAUCUGGAUUGUUAUUGGUUAUGUAAUCUACUUCUGCUAUGGGAUGCGCAAUUCUACCCAAAUUUCCCGGGCCCGCAAUCACGCAGAACUGGCCGCCAACGCAAUGCAAAACCAGGGUCAACAUGAGAAUCCCGCUUUUGAACCGGACGUCAAGGUGGAAACUGGUAGACUACCGCCACCGUAUGAAUUUUCAGAAAAGCUGUAGGCGUAACCCUAAUGUAUUAUCGCCCCCCUUCCCUCUUAGGUCACACUGUUUUUCUUAAAAUUUAUUCGCUCUUAAACCUUCGGUUUCUUAAACCUUAGCUAGCACGCUUAUGUGAGAGAGAUAAAUAGAUUGCGCAUAGAAAUUAAACAAAUUUACACAUGAUUUUUAAAAUUUACAAAUUAAGUCGUGAAAAUUUGUUAUUUCUAUGUGCGUAGAGAGAGUUCAUAACAUACUCUAUUUUACCAUUUCACUGAUUUCUUGUCAUUCUUUUAAAGUCCCCACGAACUAGCUUUGCAGUGUUGUCCGUACAUUGUGAUAUUUGUAAAGUAAUAUUACUAUUUCUUGAUAAAAUAUUAAUGUUAAAGUAAUAUUGGUCGUAUAUUUGUCACAAUUAAUAUAAUUUUCGGGGUGUCGAAAAAAUAUGAGAAACAGGACAUUGUUACCUCUCCGCCAUCCCGCCAUUCAAAAAUGAUUUUAGUUGCUGAAAAUAUAGAAAAAAUGUAUUAUUUAAGAAUAAGUAAAAAAGA